GAUACGCAAGUAAAUGAAUUCCAAGUAAAUGAGAGCACUGAUACACGCGGCUGCGAAUACUAUCAAUACGUACUCGAAGUGUAUCAAACACGCGAACACGAAUGUUGUUGUGGGGAAUAUUAAACUUGAAGCAAAUUGCAACAGAGAUAUAAAGAGCACAAAGUUCGUGCUAUUCCGAAUGAUAUCGCCGUGUCAAAAUGAUACCGUUUACGCGUGGUGCAUAAAACGUGCAUAAAGCCGUUACAGAAACUGCAACAACUACAAUCUAAUCAUCGCAUUAGCAUAGUAUUAGCAUAAUAAAGUCGAAGGACAGCAAGUUUCGAACGCUGUAAUCUUACGCGUUCAUCGAAGCAACGUCUUCGCUCUGAUUAGAAUUCAAUUUAAGUCCCACUGCGAGAUUUUUACGACUGGUGCUCCGGAAUUUGCAAAUAACGCCGUAAAAUUUGCAUGCGACAUUGAGACUCGACUCGUCGAACCUUGAUCUCGUCACGAUCCCAGCGCACGCAAUAUUACGUAUAUUAUGCCGUAGACCAGGCAAUGUACACGUUUGCGAAAGCACUAUCGCAGUUAUCCAACCCGAGUUUCACCGUCCGAGUUUUGUUAAGAUUACGAGAUCAAUCGGACUUCAUCUCGGCGAGGAUCCGUAGGGAGGUAUGGCCGAACGCGGAGAGGUGGUGGUAGGUAGGAGAUCGCAUGGUUUAUAUGUUCAACGUAAUGUUCCAAGUCUCAGUCUCUCGCUUUCUCUACCUCGCCAAAGUGGCCGCUGAUCGCGCGCGCAAUGGUCUCCCGACAACGCCACGUGCUCCUGCCGCCGCAUUAUCGCGAGAGCGUUUUUCCGUCGACAUGCCGAGCAGUGUCGUGACUGCUGCGCAUCGAGAAGAACGAGUCGGCGGCGGCAUUUUCAAUUUGCAACGAUGCAGUGUCGGAUGCAGCGACGAUUCGUCAUAGUAUGUGUUAUGAAUCACCCUGAUUUGUGUUUUCGCGCACCUCGCGGAUAACUUAUAAUUGCGCAAUUACAGCCGCGAGUAUCAUCAUCGAAUGGGGCGACAAGGCGCAUGAUGAGAUAACUCGAUAACGACGGCUUCGAAAAAGAAACUUCACCCGACACACACACACACACACACACACACGCCAAAGGCAAGUUCUAUGAGGUGCGAUCGAGGAAAGCUGGGAAAGAGGACGAGAGGAAUUAACGAAUCGGGUGACUCGUAAAAUCCACAUCUUAAUUGGCAACGAGACCAGCGAAGGCCGCGACAUGAGCAUCACGGCGGUAAUUGGCUCCGCGUUGAAAGCGGCCACCGUUCUUCUGGGCAUCGGGAUCGGCAAAAUCACCAUAAUCCCGGUGCUGAUCGCCACGCUUGCCUAUUUCAAUUACGACCUCAUGGACCCGGAGAAUCAUCCGCACGUGACGAAGGAACUGAGGAAGGAGUACGACUUCGUGGUGGUCGGCAGCGGCUCGGCCGGAAGCGUGGUGGUCAACAGACUGACCGAGAAUCCCGAGUGGAACGUACUGCUGCUGGAGGCGGGAGGUCACGAGACCGAGAUCACCGAUGUGCCCAUACUGUCGCUCUAUUUGCACAAGAGCAAGGUCGACUGGAAGUAUCGCACGCAACCGCAGGACUCGGCCUGCCAGGCGAUGGUCGAUCGCCGAUGCUGCUGGACCAGAGGCAAGGUCCUCGGCGGGUCCAGCGUGCUGAAUACAAUGCUGUAUAUCCGCGGCAACCGACGUGACUUCGAUCAAUGGGAGAGUUACGGGAAUCCCGGAUGGGGAUACGAGGACGUGCUGCCCUACUUCAAGAAGUCGCAGGACCAAAGGAACCCGUACUUGGCGCGCAACACGCGGUAUCACGCCACUGGAGGCUACCUCACAGUCCAGGACAGCCCUUAUCUCACCCCGCUCGGAGUGGCGUUCCUUCAGGCCGGCGAGGAGAUGGGCUACGACAUCCGGGACAUUAACGGCGAGCAACAGACCGGGUUCGCCUUCUACCAGUUCACGAUGCGCCGGGGCGCCAGGUGCAGCACCGCCAAGGCCUUCUUACGACCCAUUCAACUGAGAAAGAACUUCCACUUGUCCCUGUGGAGCCACGUGACUCGAGUGCUAAUAGACCCACUGACCAAACGAGCGUACGGAGUGGAGUUCGUCAGGAACGGUCGCAAGGAAAUCGUACACGCCAAGAAAGAGGUGAUCCUCUCGGCCGGAGCAAUCAACAGUCCGGUUUUGUUGAUGCUGUCCGGAAUAGGACCACGCGCUCAUCUGGAGGACCUGGGCAUCCCCGUGAUCCAAGACUCGCCCGGGGUCGGGCAGAACCUGCAGGACCACAUCGCGGUGGGCGGGUUAGCCUUCCUGAUCGAUUACGAGAUCAGUGUGGUGAUGAACCGGCUGGUGAACGUUAAUUCAGCGCUGAGAUACGCCAUCACCGAGGACGGCCCGCUGACGUCGAGCAUCGGUCUCGAAUCGGUCGGUUUCAUCUCGACCAAGUACGCGAACCAGAGCGACGACUGGCCGGACAUCGAGUUCAUGUUGACGUCUUCGUCAACCAACUCGGACGGCGGCACCCACGUGAAACACGCUCACGGCCUGACCAACGAAUUCUACAACGAGGUGUUCGGCAAGAUCAACAGCCGCGACGUCUUCGGCGUGUUCCCGAUGCUGCUUAGGCCCAAGUCCAGCGGCUACAUCCGACUCAAGUCUAAGAACCCGUUGGAAUACCCGCUGCUUUAUCACAAUUACCUCACCCACCCGGAGGACGUGGCGGUGCUGCGCGAGGGUGUGAAGGCGGCCAUCGCUUUCGGCGAGACGAGCAGCAUGAGACGAUUCGGCUCGCGAUUCCACGCCCAGCCGUUGCCCAACUGCAAGCACAUACCCCUGUUCACCGACGAGUACUGGGACUGCGCGGUCAGGCAGUACACCAUGACCAUUUACCACAUGAGCUGCACCGCCAAGAUGGGCCCGCCCAGCGACCCCAUGGCGGUCGUGGACCCGGAACUGAAGGUCUACGGGAUUACAGGCCUGAGCGUGAUCGACGCAUCGAUCAUGCCGUCUAUCACGAGCGGCAACAUCAACGCACCGGUCAUCAUGAUCGGUGAGAAGGGUGCCGACUUGGUGAAAGCCCGGUGGACGUAGAACAGAAAGAUAUUGAGUGUGCCUCAGAAGAAUGUGCUGUUCAGUUCGUACGCGGCAGUCGCGACUUUUUGAUCGAGUAAUUCUCGCCGCCAUUUCGCUCGGCCGUACUUGCCGAGCACUCGUGCCGUCGCACACUCCGACGGGACGAAUUAGCAUUUUACGUUCGUCAUUUCGUCGUUUCGUCAGUUAUUCUCACAAUCAAGCUCUGGGUGUUCGAGCUGGAGAUUGUCGAGGACGCAAGUAAUUAGACGCAAAUGUUGUAACACACUUGCGCAAAUACUUUGCCAUGGUUGUAUCAGGACUAACAAGAGACUUUGUCUUUGUGACAAACCUUAGGUAAUAAAGGAGAAAGAGUUUAUGCAAUCAAAGGUUAACCAACAAAAAACGUCAACCAACGGUCAACGUUCCAUUUUUAGAGAUAAGGAUUUGCGUUGGCAUAAAGACUUUAAUAUAAUAGAAAAUACCUCUGCGGCAUCGAAUUUUCAAACGUCUUAAAUUCUCCGACGUCUCACUCAAUUAUUCUACUGUUCAUCGGAGACCUUUAGGGAAUGAUUUCCACGCUUGAAUCGGACGGCUCUUCAGAGCGACUGAAGCGAUUCGACUAAUAUUCUUUUCGCGCAGUAAUUAAGACUCCUGAUAACGUGACAGCGAGUUACACGCGGAAAUACGAGAGAACUACGCAGGCGAGCAUUUCCAGCGAAUUGCAUCGAUGUGAAAAUUUACUCAAGCAGCUAGGUCGCGCAGAAUGCACCUACCGUAACUAAUCCGCAAUUGCGUCAGGGCUAGUACGCGCUCUCUAUUAUCACGAUACGCGAGAGCACAGACGAACCGUCACAAUUUCCGCGCUGCGCAAUCGCAAUCGCCUUUUACGUCAAUUUAUUCGCGCAACGGCACCUCGGGCGAGUGCCCGGGAUCAAUGCAAAUAUAAUAGUGCUGCAUACGCUCAGGUGAAAGCAUUGUUAUAUGUAAAUUGCGCACGUACGUACUACGUACACAAGAUUUUCAUUAAGAGCGUGUGUCGGUAAAAAAAUGACGCGUUAUUAGUAACUUGUGGAGAGGAGAUAUAGAUUAUAAAAAAAGAAAAAAAAAAACACGCAACAGCGUCUCCUUAAUUGGUAACGCGACGCACGGGACGCAUAUAGUAACUUACUAUUUAAUUAAAUUAUCAGCCAAGCCUAGUAAUUAAUAAUCUUAGUACUUAAUAACAUGAUUAAUAAUCUUAAUGGAUAUUUUAUUUAAUCGUUCUUAUGUGAUUCUGUAUAUAAUUAUUUUUCCGUAAUAAGAUGACGAUUUAGCAAAAAGUGGGGAAACUUGAGAAGAACAGAUUUAAAAAUCAAAAUAUACAUACAUAAAUCAAUCAAGUUUUUAUACACAGACUAAAUUUCUACAACAAAGAUGAAGCAGAAAUCAAAAAGAGUUGUCGCAACUGGUCCGAAGACAUAAGACUUGCGUGUUUGCUGUUGCUAAACUUUGAUAAUAUUUCGAUUAUUUGAUAAAGUGUCUAAGAAUUUUAUCUUAUUUUACUACCUCUCAUAAAAAAAGAAUAAAGUAUUUUUUCUA